AUGUUGAGCAGAAAUUCCCCCACAAAAGCAGCUGAUUCGCCAUCAUCUUCAACAACAUGUAUGAAAUCACCUGUACAUAUGCAAUACUUCAAAGAAAGUGGGUGGGGUCUGCGUGUUAGACAGCCACCAACGCAUCCUACGCCACAAAUGAAAAAAUUCAUUGAAUGUGCGUGUAAGGAGAAAAGUAGGGGGGGUUCGGGGACAGAUUGACAGGAGAAGAACUUCACAAAAAAAUGAGAGUGGCACGGGACAUCCAGGGUGCUAAGAUGUUCCAACCGAAAGACUACCUCACACCUCGCCAGUGUGAAAAUCAACUAAAACCAUUGUAUUCAGGUAAGAAAAUUCGCAUUUAGUGUUUUCCAAAACGGGUUUCUAAACCAAUGAACCCCUUUUGACGCGCUUUAUUUUUGUGAUCACUCUUGCAGGGCG